CAGAGGUCUGAGAGGAUCAGCGAGAUGCAGAGGGAUUGGAGGGUAUCGGGGGAACACAGAGGGAUUGAGAGGGUGCCUGUCCCGUGGGGGUACCGAGGGUCCCCCCGCACCACCCAGGACCGCCUGAGCCCCGCAGGGUCGCUGCACCCUGAGCCGAGGCAGCAGGAUUCCAGAUUCGGUUCCGCCCUGGGCGUGGUGCCGAACCUGAGCCAGGACGGGCUGGCCGGAGCCGUGGUGGGAGCUCCGCUGGAGGACGAGCACCGCGGCGCUCUCUACGUGUUCCACGUCUCCCCGGCCACCCUCCUGCCCCAGUACAAGCAGCGCAUCGAGGCGGCGGCGCUGGGGUGGAGCCUCCGGUAUUUCGGGAUCAGCGUGGAUGGACGGGUGGACAUGGACGGGGACGGCCUGGUGGACGUGGCCGUGGGGGCACAUGGUGCGGCUGUAGUGCUCCGGUCCCGCUGGAUUAUCCAGGUGUUCGCAUGGAUGUCUGUGGAGCCAGCAGCUGUCAGUGUCACACAACGGAACUGCCAGCGCAGUGGCUCCAGCGCCGUCUGCCUCCGGGCCCGGAUCUGCUUCCAUGCCGAGACACGCACACGGAACCCUGUGGACAUGGAUAUUGAUCUCCGGUACAAUGUAUCCCUCGAGGACCAGAUCCCCGGAUCCCGUGCUGCCUUUGACUCGGGUGCCCGCCGACUGCUCCAGCGCCGAAUUGAGUUCCCAUUGGGAAGGCAGAGCUGCAUCCGCAUCCCCUUCCACGUCCUGGACACCUCAGAUUACCUGAGGCCCCUCAGCCUCAGCCUCACCUGGGCCCUGGAUGUAGCUGCAACGUCGGUGCUGGAUGAGGCAUCUCCCACCACCAUCCGCAAACUGAUCCCAUUUUUCAAGGAUUGUGGGGAUGACGAUGAGUGCGUCACCGACCUGGUGCUCAAGGCCACCACGGACAUUGUGGGCUCCAGGCAGAGCCCCCACAUCCUGCGGAAGGGCCGAAGGCGGAUGCUGGUGGAGGUGGAGCUGGAGAACCGUGAGGAGAAUGCCUACAAUGUCAGCCUGUGGUUGCACCUGCCUGGAAACCUCCACUUCUCCAGCCUCGUGCUCCAGGAUCCCAGCACGGUGAAGUUGGAGUGCUCAGCACUGGGGAGGCACCACCGGCGCUGCAGUGUCGGGUACCCCGUCUUCCACUCGCAGGCCAAGGUGUCCUUCACCCUGGAGCUGGAGUUCAGCUGCUCCGUCCUUCUGGACCGUGCUGAAGUCACUCUCCAGGCCAGCAGUGACAGCACUGAGGUGACACCACAGGACAACGUGGUCAAGCUUUCCGUCCCCAUCCGCUAUGAGCCCAACCUGUUCCUGUCCAGUAAUACCAACCUGCAUCGCUAUGAAGUUCAUCCCCUUGGCACCUUCAGCCACAGCUCUGGCCCUGAGUUUACCACCACAGUCAAGGUGCAGAAUUUGGGGUGCUACUCCAUCCAGAAUGUCACCUUGCACAUGGCCCUGCCAGCACUGGGCCACCAUCAGGCCACCAUCUUGUCUGUCACCAAUGUCCUCACUGAAAAUGCCACCUGCAUGCUGCAACUCCCUGAUGAGAGGACACAGGUGGUCCCGGUGCCCCCUGAGGAUCUGCUGCACAUGGACAGGCUGGACUGUUCCAACACCUGGUGCCAGGAGCUGAGCUGCCACUUGGAGAGGCUGGAGCGUGGUGGGGGAGUCUCCAUCCAGCUCCUGCGGACCCUCCACAACAGCUUCUUCAGUGGAGUGAAAUUCCGGAGUGUGAGGAUAGUCAGCAGUGUCUGGCUGGGGGUCACAGGGGGCAUGUUGGUGCUGGAGAAGGGGGUGCAGCGCAGGGAGCUGGUGCUGGAAGUGCUCCAGGAAAGGCGGGUGCCCGUGUCUCUGUGGAUCCUGGGAGGCAGUGCCCUGGGGGGACUCCUGCUCCUGGCACUACUCAGCCUUGGCCUCUGGAGGCUGGGAUUCUUCUCCCACCGGAAGCCCUCCCGAGAGGAGGAGGAUGAGGAGCACUGAGAUGGCAGCUCUGGCGGGAGGACGUCCCAGAACCUCCCUCCUGGGGACACAUUCCAGAGCCAUCCCAGGGCUGGGACUCCUGGGCUGGUGGAGGGAUGACCAAGCAUGCGUGAGGGUGGAGCUGGAGGAUCUGGGGGAACAUCUAGAAGCGGGAAAAGUGGGAGUGAGCUGGAAUGGAGCAGCUCCAGAAAUAAAGCUCUGGCCUGCGGUUCUGCUGUGUCCUA